AUAAGAUCCAUUUUCUUCCAUACAACACAGUCGCCAUCGCAAUCGCCAUCGUGUCGCAUCGUCGUAAAGCACAGUCGAAUCGUUUCAGUAAAAGCUUCGAACGCUGGGAAUCUCUUGAAAGAGGAACUUGAGCAAGAAUUUGGCUCAAGGUACGUUUUCACGCAAACACUACACCGCUUCCUCGUGUAUCCGCUUGUAUUCAUCAUGGCGUACCCUCCUCCUCCAGGCAUCAGCAACAGCUCUCUCCCACCGAGACCGCCCGCUUCCAAGUCAGGCUUCAAACCCGCGUUUUCCUCGGCGGCCCAGACUGCCUCGAAGCCAGUGUACUCGAACGCUCCGCCGACAUACUCCGGCCCUUCGAGUUACUCAGCUCCCAGUGCCCCAUCCACAGCUCAGUAUGGCCCGUCGUACUCUUCUUACCCGACUACUGCUCCCAGCGCGGUGAACUCGGGCCCCGCCUAUUCGUAUCCUCAACAGCCACAGAGUUACGGUACCCAGAGUUACGGCGUACAAAGCUAUGGCCCUCAGAGCUACGAACCGCAAAGCUAUGGCGCAGCACCACAGAUUGCGAAUCCAUUCCCUACGCCAGGCACUGCGGGAACCGACUACAACCCCGAGAUGGCCGCUCAGAUAGCGCAAUGGCAGAGCGCAUAUUCGAGCACCCCGACAGAUAACAAGGAUAAGGCCUCUGGGUUUGCCGGGCCUCGAACAGAUGGCCAAUCUUCUGCGGCUGCGGCGGUUAGCGCUGCAAACCAGGAGCGCAAGAAGACAGUCAUCCGAGAAGGUGGUGGUAAGAAGUGGACAGACGACAGUCUUCUCGAAUGGGAUCCCUCCCAUUUACGACUCUUUGUUGGUAAUCUUGCAGGCGAGACCACUGACGACGCCCUUCUCAAGGCAUUCUCGCGCUGGCCUUCCGUUCAAAAGGCCCGUGUCAUUCGUGACAAGCGUACAUCCAAGUCCAAGGGCUACGGUUUUGUCAGUUUCAGCGAUGCCGACGACUUCUUCCAAGCCGCCAAAGAAAUGAACAACAAAUAUAUUCAGAGCCACCCUGUAACAGUUCGCAAAGCCAACACCGAAAUCAAGGUGGCCAACGUCAAGGAGAAGGACAGGCAUGGAAAGAAGAACAAGAACAAGAAGGGUGGUCAUGGUGGUGGGAACGGAGGGGCUGGCUAUGAACCCAGCUUAGGGCCCAUGGGUGGCAGUGGAGUGGUCAAGCCUGGACAAAAGACUAAGAACGGUCUUCGCCUGCUUGGCUAAUUGUUUGACGAGCUUUUCGACCGAGCAAGUGAUGCGUUUUGGUGUUUGGUGUUUGCAGAGGGGUCCUGCAUACCCGGUCUAAGUGUAUUAAUCACCGUUAUUACCUGUAAUCAGCUAUUCCACGAAGAAUAUCCAGUCUAUUUUACAUUGCAGUAAUAUAAUCAAUCAUUAUAGUUCA